AUGAGCCACCGCAAUCCACCUGAGAGCUCCAACAAUCGCGCGACCAACACCAACCCUGAAGCCACCGCUUCGUCGGCUCUUCCUCACCCUGGCAAGACGAGCAUAGAUCUGCAGUCACCUUUCGAUAAGCUCUCGGCAGAGAUUGUGCUUGCUAUCUUUGAGCAUUGUCUGUCCGACACACCCGACGUAGAACGCAAGAAUCAGCUAUGCAACAUUGCCCUAGUCUGCCGCCGCUUUCAAGCACUCCCUUAUACCAACAGUUCGCUUUGGAGGUCCAUAGAGCUGCAGGUGGGAUACUGCUGGGUGUUCAAGGGCUGCGGGGAAGGGAUAUGGUUCUUGGAGAGUGGCCUUCAGAUGCACGAUCACGACGAAGCGGUGGUGACUGCAGACGCGUCAGAAGGCAGCGUGGCGUCUUUGAACGACAACGACGCGUCGACCUACGGAACACUCCCCAGCGAUGAUUUCCCGGAUGAAGAUGCUCUCGCAGAGUUAGUCGAGCAAGCUGUUUCCUUGUCCGGUGAUACAACCAUGGUUGAGACGACCUCUCACGAUGUCACUCACGGCGCCUGGACUCGAAGCACCUUGGAGCAUCACUUGAAGCACUGCGGCUCGGAAGGCACCAUUCGACUCCAUCUCAAUCUCACUGUCUUGACUGAAUCGAUGAAUAUGCGUGACGCUAUGUUCGACCAGUUACGCGACUUGAUCGAUUAUUGGCAUCGCGUACGCGCACUGCGUAUGAAUAUCGACGACUGGGCCAUCGGGCCCCUCGAAAUCAGCAACUACAUUAAUGGCGAGCUUCCUCUCUGGUCUCUUAGUGUGCAAGACUUUUUGCGUCACAGCGAGCGCAUAGUCGUGCGGGUUGUAGAUGCUGUCCAGUUGCAUACAAUCAAACUUGCGCCCGCCAGCAUCCAACUUGUCACCGUCGAAAGCAAGCCUGUAAACUUGUCUGGAUUGGAGAAGGUUGCCCUGAUGGAUGCUGAGCUGUUCUGUAUCUCGGCCGAGGCGCACGGUAAACAUGCAGAAGCCCCACGAAAGAUCAUGUCUCCGAUAGAACGUACUCGUUUUUCUCUGGCGUGCGUAUCGUCCGUGCAACACCUCGUCCUCCAAAAAUCGAACAUCGUGGAAGGAAUGCAAGCAGUCGAAUUCCUGAGGCUACAGUCAUUGAAGAUCAAUGACCAUCCUCUGCAGAUUCUAUAUCUUGUGCGCGCUCUCAACAUGCCGUACAUGCAGAAAUGUUUCUUGCUAUUUCCGAACUGUAUCAGCUUUCAAUACGACGAUGUGGACCUGGAUGUACAGGAGGCGUCCCUUAUCCACCUUGCAAACGCGAACGGAUCAAGUCUUCGGCACCUUAUUAUCAAGCAUGCCUAUUGCACGAAUGACGCUUGGAACAGCGUGUUGACGAGACUUCGUGGAAUCGAGUCUCUGGCAUUGUUUGCUGGUGCCUUAGACAACAAAUUCAUCGACCUGUUCCGUUCGGGGGGGACACUCCCCGCGCUGAAGGACCUCACACUCGAUGCAUGCAUCCCAUUCUUCCAUCCUCGUGCCGAUCCCUUCAAUGGCAAUCAUUUUUAUCCAUUCAGCGCCAAACGAAUCGCUUCGAUGGCCAAUCAAAGAUCCGGAGAGAGAAAUGGACUGAUUUCGAUCCGCUUUGCUUUGGGCUGGCCGAGGGAACUUUCAAAGAAGAUCAAGCAGGUGUUGAUGGAGACUGUGCAGUCCCGUGAUCUAACCCUCUCAAGCUGGAUAAACCCCUGCCCAAAGCUCGAGGAGUUGGAGCGAGACAUGAAAAUAUGGUAA